GGUGAAGCGAGAGAUUUUGAAAUUCUUUCCACAAUUUGACAAAUAAUUGAAAGAAUUAUUUGUAUCAUUUCGAUCAAAUAACACUUAAUCGUGUUAUUUGCCUUUAAAGAAAAAAAAACGAAUUUUUCCACUCAUUGUUCUCUAAACAUUUUUUUCUUCCUCAUGUGUUAUGCUAACAAAACCAUUUAUGACUUCUUUGCAUUCUCCUUAUUAGAACAUCGUUGAAUAAUUAAAGGUACGAAGAUAUAUUAUGAAGUAAUCUUGAUCAUUAGAUUGAAUUUUAAUCACAUGAUCGCGAGGAAAAUUCUUCCUAAAUUAUGAUGCCUGAUGUUGUGGGCGUGGAAUGAUUGGGAAUUUGUUGCUUUGCUGUACGCUUUAUUUUCUACACAGAAAGUAUGUACAUUAUUCCUACAAAAUUGUUUAUGAGUAAACGACUGUUUUGCUCAGAUUUAUUCGAUAUAUCAGCCAAUUAUGGAAUUAAAUUGACUAAAACUCCUUCCUUUAUUUAACUCCCUUAGUGAAGCAUAAUAUAAUGCAUUUCAAGUAAGAGGAACAAUUUAAUUGGAUAAUCAAUCUCAACUUAUUCCUAAAACAGGAAGAGUUUGCAAAAUGUGCAAAAAAAAUACCUUAAAUAUAUUGUAAUAAAUCUGCUGAAUCUGACUUUCAUGCAUUGAUGAACAUCACAAAUUAAUUCAUUUUCCUGCUUAUAUGAUAAUCUAUUGCACGUGCCAAUAAAAAAACACGUGAUAUUUUUCCUCUUAAGCUUGUAAAGAAUUUCCAAAUCUCCCGCUUUGCCAUUUGACCAAACAGUAGCUUCCAGGAAAUUUUUAAUGAAGCUUCGCAAUACAAAUUGGUAAACUUAGAAGCAUCUGCAAAAUAUUCGGCAAAUACGCAAUUCGUAAAAAUUUGAUGAAACCCGCAAGGAGGAAGGGGUGAUGAUUAACCAUUUAGCUCUUUGGGAGUGCAUAUAAGAAGAUCUGGAUGGCCUGAAGGAAGCACACUUCAACGAUCUACACAGAGAAGAUCACAGCAUCGAAAUGUUGUCUCUACGUGUCAUCGUCCUCUUCGCCGUGGCUCUGGCGGGAUCAUCCCUGGCCAAGGAAGAAAGGCUUCCCCAUAAAAUAUCCGUGGGAAGUUCCAUGUCUAUUAAUUGCAUUGGAACAGUUCUUUCCAAGAAUACAGUACUUAUCCCCGCUUCAUGUGGAGUUGGCUAUUCAAGUAUGGAAGUGAGAGUUCGUCCAACUGAUACCCCAAUCAAUGACUCCGGCGAUAUGUACUACAUCAAUCGCAUUGUCCACCAUCCUGAUCGUGAUUACAUGGACAUGAGCAAGGAGCAAACAAUCAUCACUCUCGAUAGAAAUAUUGACGGAGGCAAAGGCUUUAAAGCAGCUAAAGUAGCAAAGGAUGAUGUAACAAUUCCUGCGGGAGCAGUUGUCACGACAAUCCGUAGAUCAACAAAUCCUCCUCCUACUAGCUACUACUGGGCUGAUUUAGAAUACUACAACAUUAAAGUGAUCGAUGAUGCCAAGUGCAAGGAGCUUCAUGGUGAUCGGUGGUCCAAUGAUUUCAUCUGUGCCAGUGCUAUUGACCCAAAUGCUGAUUAUCCCAACAAUAUCUGCCAAGGAGAAUCUGGUGCUCCACUUGUCUGGAAUGGGCAGAUCGUUGGGAUCAGUACAUAUGAAUUUGGUGGCUACGGUGAGGGUUGUGCUUACAGAAAAAUCUCCACCAUCCGUGAUUUCAUUGGCAAAUAGAAGCACUAAAGAACGAAGCAGUUAAACUUCGUAAAUCUUUUGAAAAAAAUAUAUCUUUCUCAAUGUUUAUGCAAUAGCUUGCAACAUAAAUAAAUUCUUCAGCAUAA